UUUAAUAACCGGAGUAUAUGGAAGGAAUUGAUUAUUCUAAUCGUAAUUAGUGCUCUGUUUUAAUUGAUUAGAUCUCAGCCAUUAUUAUUAAAUUAUGAUGAUUAUCUGUAUCCAAUUGAAGCAAUAUCUUGGCAAAAAUGGCAAUCCGAGAAGUUUACAGUUUUCUUGGAUUAUCCGCCGGUCUGGCCAGGAAAAAGGAGAAACGGAGAGGAGAUUACCAAAGUUAAUCAACUGAACUAUUAAGAUUUUUUUCCACAAUCGGUAUUUUCCUAUUAUUACUUAGCACUCUAAUGUAAUUUGGAUUUACGCCAUUAAUUUUUUCUUGAAAAUCCAUUGCAAGCAGGAAGGAAGGGCAUUUUGUUGACUGCCAUGAAAAUUGCUCCAAAGAAACCUCAAUUUUUCAAACCAAUUCAGUCAGGUUUCAAGCAUGAAAAUCCCUAUAGGUUUCUUGAAGUAUAUAAAGGGAUUCAACCAUAUUAAACAUGCAACACUGAGAAGUAUGGGUAAAAAGUGGCUGGUGAAGGUGAACGGCUGGCGAUUAGAAGAGGGUUGGAAAAAGUUUGCUAAGGAGAAUGAUUUGCAAUUGGGAGAUUUGUUGAUUUUCAAACAUGAAGGAGACAUGGAAUUUGAAGUUUCCAUCUUUGAUUCGAGUCAUUGUGAUAGAGAAUACAAAGAGUAUCUGCAGCAAGAAGAAGAGGGGAAUAAUGUUGAAGAGACUUCCAAGAGAGUGGAAUUCAGAGAAGCUGUUAUUCACAACUCUUCGGGUCAAUCUCAUUUUGAGUGCAUUGUUAGACCAUAUUGCAUUUCAAAGGGUUUCUUGCGCCUUCCUAAACAAUUUGCAAUGGCAAAUGGUCUCUUCAACAAGAAAUGUGGUCUGAUUAUCAGAGAUGAAAGACAAAGAUCGUGGAAUUUAAGGCUUGUUACCUAUAAUUCAAGUGUCCGAGUAUUUGGUGGAUGGAGUGUCUUCUGCGCUGUGAAUAACUUAAAGGAGGGAGAUCAUAUGAUGUUUGAGGUUGUUGCUAAUGGAGAAAAACCUAUAUGGAAAUUUCACUAUCUUAGGCAUAAGACGUCGGACAUGUCUACUCUGAUAUCGCAAACACCAGCUUCAACAUCUACUGAUGCCAACCCUCAUUUUAUAUCCACUAUCAAACGUUACACCUUCACAAGAACUAUUUUGUAUCUUCCCAUGGAUUUUGUAAAGUCAAAUGGCUUGAUGAGUAAAAGUGAGAUGAUUCUUGUCGAUGAAAAGCAGAGAUCAUGGUCAGUGUGUGUAGGGCAAAUGGAACACCACUUUGGAAUUAAAAGGGGAUGGCCACAGUUCAAAAAAGCAAAUAAUGUUCAAGAAGGAGAUACUUACAAGUUCGAACUCACCAACAAUGGGACAAUACCUAUAGUUCAUGUAAAUAUUCUGGGAAUUAAGGAUGCCAAUUGCCUAGCAUCACAGAAGCCAUUGACAGGAUAAUAUGAAGUAUUUGGUGAUGGGCAAGGAAACUAGCAUGUGUUGUACUUGUGUUUUCAAAGUAUUCUUUCAUGCAUGAUAGUAAUUAGAUUACGGUAAGCUUUAUAUCCGUGAAUGAGAAAUGAAGAGACGUUGUUCCAUAUCGGAGGAAAGAGAAGAAUUAGUUUGGAAUAAAUAGAAAAUAACUUCUACCCUAACUUAACGAGUUGGGAAGAAGGCAAACAUUUUGUCAUCGCUCAACUUGGAUUUGUAUUUGGAUUUGGAUUAUCUGAUUGAAAAGUGUUUCUUUUACAA